GCCGCUUCGCCAUGUUAUCGAGGAAACGCUUCUUGUCCCGGGAGAAGAUUAACCGAAGGGGGCUUGAAACGCCGACAACAUCAAAUCAAAACCUCGAUCUUUUUAAUUCGUUAACUUUGAACUCGUAUUUUAAGCAGGCCGGCGAACCAGCGGGCCUGAACGGGUUUUGAUUCCGCCCCAUUGAUUAGAAGGCCAAAGCGGCUGCCAUGGAUUUUUAAGGCAUAAUGCGGCACCUUUAAUGCAACGGCAAUGCAUAGUGCAAGGCAAAAUCAACUGCGAAACUCCAUCUUCGCAACUGCCAAGCAGUUGGGCUCAAAUACCGUCCGCGGUAUACCUGCGAGCCAACCGGUACCGCUACUCCUGGACCGGAGGAAGCUAACGCUAGCCAGCUAGUCAUCUUAGCUGAAAACGUCGAAGUGAAAGAGAGUGGUCCCCAUCGAUUCAUCUGAAACCUCGCCAACACUACCGAUCAAAAUGAAGCCUCAAGACAUCGUCGCCGGGAAGACAAGCCUGUGGAUCUUCGGGUACGGGUCGCUGGUGUGGAAGCCCGACUUCAAGUACAAGAGGAGCAAGGUCGGCUACGUUCAAGGCUACAAGAGACGUUUCUGGCACGGAGACAACUUCCACCGCGGGAACGACCAGUUGCCCGGAAGAGUGGUGACGCUGAUCGAAGAUGAUGACGCGAGCACUUGGGGUGUGGCGUUCGAGGUGACGGGAUCUCAAGUCGAGGAGUCCCUGAAGUACCUGAACGUGCGCGAGGCGGUCUGCGGUGGCUACGUCACCAAGAUGGUGGAUUUCUUCGCUGAGGGGGAGAGCCAGCCCCCGGUCCAGGCGCUGCUGUACAUAGCCACCACAGACAACCCCCUCUACCUGGGGCCGGCCAGCCCGGAGGAGAUCGGCAUCCAGAUCGCCCUGUGCAGAGGGAAGUCGGGCCACAACCUGGAGUAUCUGCUCCGGCUGGCCGAGUUCAUGAGGAGCAGCUGCCCGCACGUGGAAGACCAUCACCUGUUCUCCAUCGAGGCCGCAGCGCUGACCGUGGUGUCCUAUCUGUUAGCAGCCCAGUAGCUCGUACCCUUUGUCUCACUAGCUUAUAAAGUGGAUGAAUACACACUACACUGAGGCUUUUCACCUGUCAUGCCAGUUUACUUAUGUUUUAUGUUGUGAGAUGAUGCGUCACACUACCAUCCAGUGUACUUGAAUCCAUUGAAUGUUACUGAAGUGAUAAUGAAAGGGAAGCAUGAUAAUAAGUGUUAAAAAAAACAAAGCUAGAACAUGACCUCAUGUUAACGUUGCAAUAUUACAUGCUACAUGUUUGUAAGUUUUACAAAAUGUGUAACUGAAUUGUUGACUAAACAUCUGCAAUUUUUUUUUAAUGCACACUUUUGUUUUGCACAGUUCAGAUUCCAUCCAGACGGUAAAGUAACUCACUGUGGUAGUUGAACCUGAAACAGCUGAUGUGAAGUUAUAGACCUGGUUUUUAAAAAGUUAAAAAUGGAAACUUUUUUUUUUAAUCCACUUUAAAAGAAAACGCCAAUAAAAAGUGAAAAGAA